UACCUGCUGUUAGAUCCUGUCUGCUCUGUGAGGUUUCUCUGUGUGAUAAAAAAACACCUGAGAGUCCACAAAAAGUCCCCAGAACACAUCUUAUGUGAGCCCACCUUGUCCAUGGAGAGCAGGAAAUGCUCCAUCCAUAAGAAGAUCCUGGAGUAUUACUGCACUGAGGAUGACACCUGUAUCUGUGUGUCCUGCAGUUUGGCUGGAGAACAUCGAGGACACCAGGUGGAGAUGCUGAAAGAGGCUUCUGAGAAAAAGAAGGAGAAACUGAGGGAUGUUCUGCAGAAACUUCUGAUAAAGAGAGAGGAGACGGAGGAAAGAACCAAGAGUUUGCAGGAAGACAAGAGGAAAGCAGAAGAAAAUGCAGCUGGUGACACUGAGAGAGUCACUGCCCUGUUUAGAGAUCUCAGGAGACAUCUGAAGGACCUGGAGAAGAGAGUUCUGAGGGACAUCUCCAGGCAGGCAGAGUUGAUCUCCAUCUCCAUGUUGGUUAUGAUUCAGGGGUUGGAAAUAAAGAAGGAGGAGCUGUCCAGGAAGAUGAGGGACAUUGAGGAGCUGUGUAACAUGACAGAUCCACUGACUGUCCUACAGGAAUCAGACACAGGUGACUUGUGUGAUACUGAGGAUGGAGAUAAUGAGGACAGAGAGAGACAUGAGGACCUCCUCCAUGAUGGAGGGGGGCUGGAUGUGGCGGGGGUCUUACACACAGGUUUAUCUGAUAUAAUAACAGGGGGAAAUGUAUCCUUCUAUAUACAGGGAGCUGAAGACAUAUUACUGGAUAUAAGCACAGCUGGUAACAAGCUUCAUGUAUCAGAUGACAGAAAAAUUUUAGCCUGGUCAGAUAGGAACCAGAAGCGCCCACAAACACCAGAGAGAUUUACAGAUUAUCCUCAGGUGUUAAGCAGUCUGAUUUUUUCCUCUGGGCGACAUUUUUGGGAAGUGGAUGUUGAGGGAUCACAAUUCUGGCGAGUUGGGAUGUGUUACCGCAGUAUGGAGAGGAAAGAUUUUCAAGCAGGAAUAGGUAAGAAUAACAAGUCCUGGUGUUUGUCCAGGUCUGGAAAUCGGUAUUUUGUGAGACAUGACAGUACAGAGACCCCCUUAUCUACAAAUAUCUCCAGUAAUAGAGUUGGGAUAUAUCUGGAUUAUGAGGCCGGGCAGAUCUUUUAUGAUCUGUGUGACCCGAUCCAAAACCUGCACACCUUCACCACCACCUUCACUGAGCCCCUCCAUGCCGGGUUAUGUGCAGCAAGAGGUUGUAUAAAGAUAAGUGGGGGGAGAUCCUGAGAUGUGA